UUGUUAGCUUUCCUCAACAAAGUGUUGAAUAUCGAACGCAUUGCAAUGUCAUUUCGCGUUGCAACCCUCCGUCGCUGGUCUCUGCAUACCGUUGUUUUCAAUUUCUCUUCUUCUCCUUCUCCCCAAUUUCAAUCUCACUCCGUUCUCCACAAUUUUUUGCCAUGGUUGGAGAACAAAGCUUCUUCCACCAUUUCUUCUUCCCUUUCCAUUUCCAAUUCUUCAUAUGGAAACUCCUUGUUUGCUUCUAAAUCAAUACAAACCGGUGAUUGCAUUUUACAAGUUCCUUAUUCUCUGCAAUUAACUCCGGAUAAUCUCCCUCCUGAAAUCAAACCUUUUAUCAGUGAAGAUGUUGGAAAUAUUGCAAAACUUGCUACUGUUCUUUUAAUUCACAAGAAUUUGGGCCAGGACUCUGAAUGGCAUCCUUAUAUCAGCUGUCUUCCCCCGCAAGCCGAAAUGCAUAAUACGAUAUUUUGGAAUGAAAGUGAGUUGGAGAUGAUUCGUCAAAGUUCAGUUUAUCAGGAAACUAUUUACCAAAAGUCUCAAAUUGAAAAGGACUUUUUGGAAAUCAAGCCUGUUUUUCAACCAUUUUGUCAAAGUUUUGGAGAUUUUACUUGGAAGGACUUCAUGCACGCAUGCACACUAGUUGGCUCUAGAGCAUGGGGAAGCACAAAGGGUUUAUCUCUGAUUCCAUUUGCAGAUUUCUUGAAUCACGAUGGGAUUUCAGAAGCAAUUGUAAUGAGUGACGAUGACAAUAAAUGCUCAGAAGUGUUCUCUGAUCGUGAUUAUGUUCCUGGUGAACAGGUGCUUAUAAGAUAUGGAAAGUUUUCAAAUGCUACAUUGAUGCUGGACUUUGGUUUUACAAUUCCAUACAACAUUUAUGAUCAGGUUCAGAUCCAGUACGAUAUACCUAAGUAUGAUCCUCUGCGUCACACAAAAUUGGAACUCUUGCAGCAAUACUUUGUGCCUCCAACCAAAGAUGCAAAGGGCUCAAAGUAUUCCGUGAAUUCCUUCGCAAUCAAGGAGGUGAAGUCCGCUGGAGGAAAAGGGAAGGGUGUGCCGCAAUCACUUCGUGCACUUGCUCGCGUUCUUUCUUGUACCACUCUUCAGGAGCUUAACCAUUUGGUCAUGGAGGCUGCGCAAACUGAUGGUAGGCUGGCUAGGCACCCUUUACAGGAUAGGAUCAAAGAGAUACAAGCACACAAGAUGUUAUCCUCCUUAUUCAUCCAAUUAAUUGGGGAGCACAAUGCAACCAUUACGUCAUUAGAUUCUUGCGAUUCUUCAUCCUCGAGUGAAAGACUUCCUGUUAGAAGACAAAUGGCCCGAGAUCUCUUACAUGGCGAGCUUCACAUUCUCAAAUCUGCUUCUACCUGGCUGGAGAACUACUGUUUUUCCCUGACUUGAUGGUCCAGUAAAUGGCUACAGCCACAGGAGGACUACGAAGUAGGCAGAGUUAACACAAAUGGAAGGUGAGAUCGAAUUCCUCUGGGAAUUCUUAUAUUUUUUGGGAUAUUACAUAUUGUAGUCUCACAUUUUUUUAUGCGUAGUUCAAUGUUACAAGUUUUGCAAUUUCUAAUUUAUGCACGAUGUUUCCUCCAUUUGAUAUAGCAAUCAGAGAUAUGUAUCUGCUUACUAAAAUUAUUUAAUGACAUGCACCAAAUACUGAGGUUAUUUAUUCUCCUUUUAAGUCAAACACAAGUACUACUGGCCGGACCAAAUUUUCA